AUGAACAAUUCUGUAAUAAAAGUAUGGUCUCAACAUCGCCUGCAAUCAGUGGACCCAUCUCCUAAACCAAUACCCGCAGCAUCAUUAGUAUCGAGUCCAGGCAAACCUGUGGACGCACAAAAUAUAGAUACGCAUGGAAGUAAGGAAAAAAAGGCUAUGGCGAAAAACAAUCAAAAUAAGGACUUGAAGAAUUCAAAAAGCCCAAAAAAUGAAACGCUAUCUACUGUGCGAUUAUCCGAUUUAGGAGGAAUAGAUGCUUGUAUAGAAGAAGUUUUGGAAUUAGUGGCAAUGCCAUUGGCCCAUCCGGAAAUCUAUUUACACACUGGUGUUCAACCACCAAGAGGAAUUUUAUUGCACGGACCUCCAGGGUGUGGAAAAACAUUGCUUGCAAACGCCAUUGCUGGGGAAUUAGGGGUACAAUUUAUUAGUAUUUCCGCGCCAUCUGUAGUAUCUGGGAUGUCUGGAGAGUCUGAAAAGAAAAUUAGAGAUGUUUUUAAAGAAGCUAGGAAAAAAGCACCGUGUCUUAUUUUUAUUGAUGAAAUUGAUGCUAUCACUCCAAAAAGAGAAACAGCUCAACGGGAGAUGGAAAGACGAAUAGUUGCACAACUGCUAACAUGCAUGGAUGAUCUUUCAUGGGAUAAAACAGACAACAAACCCAUAUUAAUUAUUGGUGCGACAAAUCGACCAGAUUCACUUGAUCCGGCACUUCGUCGUGCCGGAAGAUUUGAUAGAGAAAUUAGUAUAGGAGUUCCAGACGAGCAAUCACGAGAAAAGAUUUUGAGCGUAAUCGCAUCAAAAUUAAAACUCUCUGGAGACUUUGACUACAAGACACUUGCAAAAUUAACACCUGGAUAUGUAGGCGCUGAUCUGAACGCUUUGACAGCUGCGGCUGGUGUUAUAGCUGUCAAGCGAAUAUUUACAAAAUUAAGUGAAAAUAACUGUGCUAUGGAUGAAGAUUUAUCGGAAAUGCAUAUAGAUGGAAAGCAGCAAGAUUCUACCCGAUUCGAAGAUCAAUCACCUUCAGAUCAAAUGCGUUCAAUAUCCAUCUUUCUUAAAAAUCAUCCAGACCCACUUACAGAAGAGGAACUUGAACCUCUUAGUAUCACUAAUGAUGACUUUUUACAAGCACUUUCAAAAGUUCAACCUUCAUGUAAGCGGGAGGGGUUUGCUACAGUACCUGAUGUCUCUUGGUCGGACAUUGGUGCAUUAAGAUUUGUAAGAGAUGAAUUGAGAAUGGCAGUAGUUGAGCCGAUUAAACAUCCGGAAUUAUUCAAAAGAGUUGGAAUAACAGCACCCUCUGGAGUUUUGUUAUGGGGACCACCUGGAUGUGGGAAGACGCUCUUGGCUAAGGCAGUGGCCAACGAGAGUCACAUAAACUUUAUUUCAGUUAAGGGGCCAGAGUUGCUAAACAAGUAUGUUGGUGAGAGCGAACGUGGCAUCCGACAAGUUUUUAAUCGCGCCAGGGCAUCAUCCCCAUGUGUCAUAUUUUUUGAUGAACUUGAUGCGCUUUGUGCACGACGUAACGAUUCACAGUCUGAAACUUCGGCGCGUAUCGUUAACACACUUUUGACUGAAUUAGAUGGGUUAGAAAAUCGAAAACAAGUUUAUAUUAUUGCAGCUACAAAUAGACCAGAUAUUAUUGACCCUGCAAUGAUGCGUCCUGGACGCCUGGACAAGCUUUUAUAUGUAGGAUUACCUACAGCAUCUGAACGAUAUGAAAUCUUAAAAACUUUAACAAAACAGACUCCUUUAGGUGAUGAUGUUUUAUUAGAAAAAAUUGCCGAAGAUGAGAGAUGCUCUAAUUUCAGUGGCGCGGAUUUAGCGUCUCUAGUGCGUGAAGCUGCUGUUGCAGCAUUACGAACUACUCUUUAUUCACAAAAUGAAAUCCCGGUAGAUGAUAUAAUAAAACCCGAGAGUGAACUUUACGUGACUUCAAUACAUUUUGAAAUGUCAUUUUCUAAAGUGUCACCAAGCCAUUUUGAUACUUUCAUUAUUGAUAAUUAUGUGAAUGCUGAAAAAGAUAGUACACAUUUUGGUUUUUUUAACAGUUUACAUAAUAUUAUUAAUGAUUCACAAACUUUGCAAGAAGUUCUUAAUGCAGCGCAAAAGUUCUUUGUACUUGUUGGUGCUGCUAAGAGGGGUAGAGUAUUAUGCUAUCUAUUAGAAAUACCAAAUAUUUUGUUAGCAAGAUCUACUAAAAUGGAUGUGUUUGCUGGUGUGAUUAGUGAACCUUAUGGAAUUAUCCUUUUUCAAAUUUUUGAUAGAGGACUAGCUUCUUCUGAAGGAAGAAUUAGUUACACUGAUGUUAAAAGCAUUCAAAUUCUAUGGAAUAGAGAACCUUUACCACCGUCACAAUCAUUAUCUACAUUAGGAAAACGAAGAUCUAAUUCAAUAGAUUUUUCGAAUAAAAAGCAAUGUCUAGUUCCAAACUUGGAUUGCUUUUGUUCUAACAUAGACAUACCUUUUCGUAUCAAUAAGUUGGUAGAUAUUUUAGAAAUAUUAAAGUCUGUGCGUUCUGAACAAAAUGUGAAAGUUUCUAGAGAAAGUACAUAUGACGUAAAAAUGUACUGA